GCUCUAGAGUCUACUCAUAUGAUCAUAUCACAUCUGUUACCAAAACAUCGACUGAGGUCGCCUGACCGAAAAGUCUUGUUUCUAUUGAAGAAAUUCACGUAAUAUAUUUUACCUCAGUUAAAUCUAUCAAUUAUGUAUCAAGAAUCUUCAGCCGUCGACAAUGCCGAGUACCAUCACAUUAUGUACAAUUACGAGACACUCAAGCUGCCUCCUGAAGCAGCAGCAGCGUUAAAGAUGACGGGCGUAGAAGCUGAUACUGUAACCCUCUCUGCAUCAGAUUCCCUACCUACCGUCACACUGUCCGCUGGCGAAUCCCUGGUUCCGUCAUGCAUCAGCACCUCGAUACCUGUCACAAAUGUGUUGACCACAACUUCUCUCUCAGAAGGCGUGAGACUCACAGCUCCGUCCCUCUCAAUAGCAACGCCGCUCACUUGCACGUCCAUAACAAAUGGGAUUCCCCUGACUGCUGUAACUCUCACACCGACAAAUUCUCCAUCUGUGGUUUCUGCAGCAGUUCCCAGUGGGCACUUCUCUGACGGCUCUGUACCCAGCACCCUCACCGUUGCCACCAUGUCAGAUGUUGACUCCUCAUCUGUGAGUGCACGAGAAGAUUCUCUUGAAAUUGGCCAGAUUGUACAUACCACGGACGAUGGGGUUUUGGAAAACAGCUUGGUUUCCUCUUCUUCUAUUGAUGCUGUUGUAACUUCCAUGGUAGCAUCUGCAGAUUGCCAGGGGGUGGUAACAAAUGGUCGGAAAAUACCUUCUCAGGUCAUAGCAAAGUUGCUGAGUGAUGAUUCCCUGAGCCUCGAUAUGGUGCGUAUUAUCACUGAGCAAGAUGUUGAAAAUGAAUCCCACCAACCACAAGGUUUCAACAUGCUGGCUAGGCCGGGAAUGCUCGUUCACACUAAAUUAGCUGACAAUGAUAUUGUUAGUGGGAAUAGUAUUAACCCGUAUCGUCAUGUAGAAGUUUUGAAUGUGAGACCUACAAUAAGGCUAGACAACGAAGGAUCCACACAUUGUAGUGUUGUCUGGACGUGUGCUUAUUGUAGCAUGGCAUUUCCAAGUUCUGAAGCUGUAGGGCAACACCAUGAAAAAGAGUGUACGGAAAAUCAGAGUAUUACUGUUGCAACGUCAAGUUCAGCAACAGUUGAAUCUCUAAUAUCACCAUUAAGACAGGUAGACGAAAAUACAUUUGAACUAAAGUUAAGUACUGAUAAAGAAUCUCAGAAUGGUACAGAACAUGAUGCACACGAAGAACCCGUUAAAGAUGAAGAACAGCAUUGGAGUACAGAACAUGAAAGCAUUUGGACUUGUACAAUUUGUGGAGGUGAAUUUAAUAAAUCAGAAGAACUUGGGAAGCAUCAUCUGACUCACUCCAUCCAGGACCUGUCUGCAUCCUUGUUGAAACUCACGAAACCACAGAGAAGAGCAAAAGUCAACAAAAUUACUGCAGUUCCCUUGCCUGCUGUUACUGCUUCUGCCACUGUCCCUUCAGCUGUUGUUUUAGAACAAGAUAAUAGCAAUAACUGUGAAAGUGCCUGGAAUAAAUCAGGACUCACAGCUAUGGAAGAAGAAUUGGCUGACAAUCCAGGGGACACUCCUCCACAGACUCCACCACAGGAAAGUCUGACAGUCAAGGUGAAGAAAAAGACGGGUAUCAAAGCUCCCCCAGUUGAGAAGAAUGACAAGAAAAAGGGUGGCAAGAAAACCAACAAGGAAACGAAAGCUCCCAGACAGCGUAAAUGUAAAGGCCGUGUUGUUGGCCAAGGAAGCAGGGACCCUCAUACUUGUAACAUAUGCAACAAAGUUCUGAGUUGUCGGGGUAAUUUAGCCAAGCACUUAGUAACCCACGCAUCAGAUAAGCCUUUUGUAUGUAAGCCGUGUGGUAUAGGAUUCAAUGCCAAAAGGGACCAGCAAUAUCAUUAUCUUAGAUAUCACACAAAUGAACGACCCAACAUUUGCGAAGUUUGCGGUAAAGGGUACGUCUUCAGACAGUACCUCCUGAAGCACAUGGUGUUCCAUGGCAAGGAACGUCAGUUUUCAUGUGAAAUAUGUGGCAAGCAGUUCUUGACGGCUAAGUGUGUUAUGCGACAUAAAAAGAGGCACAAAAAGGAAAAGCUCUUCAAGUGCACCAGCUGUUUAAAGUCAUUUACCGUCAAUGCAGAUUUGAAGGCUCACAUCCGUAAGAUACACCGAAAUAAUAAAAAGACCUCCAAUAUUAAACAGCAGCAAGACUCUCAGCACAAGGUUAUACAGUCAGUACAAUCACUUCAGCAAAAAGUUCCUGAUAGCCAGUCACUAAAAUCGAAGGAUAUAACAGAGUUCUUGUUGCCAAGUAAUGCAACAAUCCAAGGCCAGUUACUGCCAGCAGAACUCGAACCUGCAACUCUGAGUGGUACUGUUUCAUCAAAAGACGAAGUUUUCAUUACCCCUGAUCCAUUAGGAUCAAUUAUUCCUCUGAGUGAACUACCCCCUAACGAGUACAGUGCAAGUGUGGCACCUAUUGGAGAUCAUACAACUUAUGUCAUGAUUAACAGCACUGACGAAGAGGUUGCAUCACAGAAUGUGUCAGCAGCGCAUGGGUUAAACAUCAUGUACGCAGCAGCAACAACUCCAGCACAGCAGGUUGGGGAGCUUAGCAGAAGUCAUUUAAGUCAAGGUAACUUAAAUCAGGGACAGCAUAUGUUGGUCAGUUCAACAUUAGGAGACACCACCAGUCAGCUGAGUGAAGGUACUCUCCAGCAUAUUGAAAGUCAAACAGAUCUACAGCAUCAAGCGCAGGAAACGCAGACCUUAGCUGCAGUAACGGAAGCAGGAUUAGACGAAGGUCAUCAAGGGGACAUGAACGUAGCUGCUGGCACUGAUGAUCACGGAUCAGAACUAGCAGCGGCUACCCACGACUCUGUCGUUCAUUCUUCCCAUGAUCCAGGAAGUGGCUUCCAUUUGGAGUUGCUUUCACAGACAAUCCAACUCGAACUCCAGAGAACCCAGACGUCGACUGCGAAUUAUCUUGGAAUAUCAGAUAGGUGAUAGGUGAAGUGAGAGUUUUGAUGACGCAAGUAAAUUAGGAGACAGUCCAGUUUGCUUGUUAUUCAGUUCUGUGUACAGUAUAAAGUACUGAAAGUCUCACUUAGGAAACAUUGAUGUUUGCUUUUGACUUUCGAGGUACGUCAUGUAUUACAAUCCGUCGUUAGAAACAAGUUGUAGUGUUGGAGUUACAAGUGAGUCUUUCCAUCCAUUCUGUAUUUGGAUUGUCAUUAUUGGUAUUGUUACUGGCCAUUUACUUUUGUAAUUAAAACAAGAACUGAAGCAGCGUUUUUACCACGAUUUUGUGUAAUGCCAUUUCACAGUGCUACAGAUUGUGGUCAAUUUACCUGAAAGCAGUUCAGAUGUUAAAAUCACCUCAUAGGGGAAUAGUAAAACUUCAUAAUGAUGUCUCGAGACAAAAAUGGCUGUUUCAACAUCUUGUUACUGAUAUUUAAAUUUAUAGUGAUGUUUUAGCAUUGGAGUAUAUACCUGUCAUGCAUAUCAAGUUUUAAGUUUGCAGAUCCUGUUUGUUGACGAUAACAUAUUACAAAAGUUUUAUGCUAGACAUUGAUGAGACCGGUGCCAUUUUCAGUGAUUAAUGGUAGCUAUGAUUCAUGCUUUUGUAGUUUGGCUUUGGGAUUCACAGGCCAUUUACAAACCCAUAAACAUUUCAUGUCAUUAUUCAGUCUUGUACCAUUAGUCAACUUUUGGUAGAAUGAUUUUAAUUGUUAAGAAGUUUGUUUCUGAUUAAAAGACUUUUCUUAUA